GAGUCGCUCCUAUCUCCGCGGCGCAGUUGGUAGCUCGCCGGCUUUCGCCGCGAGGGAUUCUGGGAGCGAGUACCAGGCCGACGACCUUGUGGAAGCGGCGAUCUUCCGCGAGCGCAACGAUCUUCCCCGAGCGCAACGAUCUUCAGAUCGAUGUCUCGACGAGCUCACGUGACGCACUCGAAGGUGAUUCUACACAUCAGAAUCGGUCCGAAUUCAACCGGUGAACUUGGGCUGCAGGAUUCAAGGCCAUCAAGCCACACAACGCCCCUUGGCGCAGACUAAAGCCCCACCCUGCGUGGUGGGAGUGGAAGCUGCUCUGCGGGGAAGAGCGGCGACAGAGGAGCUGCUCGCUGGAAGCUUGGAGCGAGCUGUGGACGGCCACCUGGCCGGGAGUUCCCGUGCACAGGCAGGUUUUUUUUUUAUUGGAGACCACGUGAGAAAAAAAAAAGAGACCGACGUGGGGUUUCGGAGUGAGAAGUCUGCGUGGUUGGCAGCGCUGGAGCUGUCACGACGGGCGGGGGUAACCGGACGAGCGCCGAGGGGCGUCCUAUAAAAGAGGACGCCGAUUGGUUCCACGUGUGAUACUCAACCAUGGACCUGCGGACCGCCUUUAUCGUGUCUGCGCUGUGCUGUCUGGCCUGCGGGAGCGUCGUGCCCCGAGUCGAGACGCCCGAGUACUUGAAACUAUGCACGAGAUAUGAUCCAAAGAUUGACGAAUGCCUUAAGAAGAGAUUCCAAGAUUUAGUUCCUCAUCUUUUAACAGGGGAGCCCGAGACGGGGCUACCGUCCCUGCGCGAUGUCCGGCUGAGCGACACGGACUUCAGGCGGGAGAUCGCCGCCGACGUGGAGGCCGGGCUGUCGCUGGGGCUCAGCUUCCUGCACGACCUGGAGUACGUCCAGGUGAAGAGCGUCAAGUCUGACAUCACAGACAGCAAGGUGAAGAUGAAUGUAGACUUGGUUUUCCCUAAGCUUCACCUAGAAGGCUACUUCCGUACCAAUUUAGGUCUAAAUAAGAUGACCUUCAUCAACGAAGGAACUUUUAACCUUUCUCUAGUCGACGUGGCGACCACGCUGGCCGUGUCGGCCAAGACGUACGAGAAGAACGGCCUCAAGUACCUGCAGGUGCAGCACGUGCGCACGCGGCCCGACAUCGGCGGCGCGCAGCUGUCCGCCAGGAACCAGGGAGACGGCUACAGCACCGUGGUGAAAGUCGGAGCGGCGAUCAUCAACAAGUACUGGGACGCGCUCUACAGCGAGUACGUGCCGUACCUGGAGGAGAAGUGGGACGUGACCUUGACCGACGUGGUCAACAAAGUCCUGUCCCGAGUACCUUACGACCACCUCUUCCCCAGAGCGUAGGCGCCGGCCCGGACAACUUGGGAGGCGUACGCGAGGCACACCAGGUCGAGAAGAAGACGAAUCAGGGUGAUAAAGGAUCAAGAAUAAUAGUUCAGUUGAUUGAUUAUCGUACUAAAACCUUUGGGUGUGAUGUUGGCUUGUGGGUUGUUGGUCAGAACUUUUAACUUAAAUGUGAGUUAACUUGGAAAUGUAGGGAGUUAACUCCAUUUUAUCAUUAUAUUAAUUAACUGGAGUUCCUUUGGAAAUUCACAGACAAACUCUAAGGAAUUAAACGAUUUUUUUCAAAA